AAAUAGAAAUAGAAAAAAAACUGUUGCUCAGAAUUCUACACUCAGAAUAUUCUUACAUUCGAUUUGUUUUGUUGAAUAUUUUGUUUUCAAAUCAUGUCGAUGACCGUCGAAUAUCAAUUAAUGAAACAACUUGAUUUGGAAGAUGAAAUCGACAAUCAUUCAUCGAAUGAUACAGAAAAAUUGGUUAUAAAUUUUCUGAAUAAAUUACAAGAAUGCCCAAUUGUAAUUGAAGAUAAUUUUAAAGACCUUGAAUGGAUCAAUGUAUCUGAAUCUUUGUCGUUGUCGAAAAAUUUCAAUGGAUUAAUUACUGUUUGUGAUUUUUUUACUUAUUGUUGUAUUAAUUGUCUACAUAUAUUACCUUUUUUACAACGAAUCGAAUCGAAAUAUAUUGAAAAAGAAGUUCUAUUUUUAGGUAUUCAUUCACCUAAAUUUGAAAAUGAAAAAUCUUCAAAAAAUGUUAUGAAUGCUGUUAUUAGACAUGAUAUCACGCAUCCAGUUUGUAAUGAUCCAGAAUUAAAACUAUGGAAUCAAUUAUGUAUACGUUGUUGGCCUACAAUCAUAAUCAUUAGUCCAAAUGGUGAAUUAUUGUUCACAUUGAUGGGUGAACUAGCCAUACAAAAUAAACUUGAAUUUUACAUUGACAUUUGUCUAAAAUAUUAUGGCCAAAAAAAUCAGCUUUUCAUUGAAAGAAAAUUUUCUUUACCAAUCAUUAAUAGUCAAGAUCAAAGAAGUGCAGAAUCAAGUCGUUUAAAUUACCCGACCAAAAUUGCCGCAUCAAUCGAUGGAAAAAGACUUGCAAUUGCAAAUACUUUAUCUAAUACAAUUAUUGUUACUACAGUUGAUGGAAUUAUUGAAUUUAUAAUCGGUUCAUCAAGUGUCGGAUUUCAAGAUGGUUCAUUUGAACAUGCUUCAUUUAAUCAUCCACAAGGAAUAGCAUGGAUCAAUCAAAAUGAAUUCUAUGUCUGUGAUACGGAAAAUAGUGCCAUUAGAAAGAUUGAUUUAAUUUUACAAACAGUUGAAACCGUUACAAAAUCACUGAAUUCACCUUGGGAUUUAGUAUUCAAUCCGGAUGAUAAUCGUCUUUAUAUUGCUGUAGCUGGAUCUCAUCAAAUUUGGACAUUGAUUUUAUCCAAACAAGGUGAUAUAAUUCAUGGAAAUAAUGUACAGUAUUUAUCAUGCAUAUGUUUUGCCGGUGAUGGUAAUGAACAGAAACGAAAUCAUCGUAAUCUUUUAAAAUCAAGUUUUGCUCAACCAUCCGGCAUUACCAUAAAUUCUAAUAUUCUAUAUAUUGCCGAUAGUGAAAGUUCAAGUAUUCGUAUGAUUAAUUUACAAUCAAAUUCAGUAUCAACUUUGGUUGGUGGUAGUAUAGAUCCAACUGAUUUAUUUGCAUUUGGUGAUAUUGAUGAUAUUGGUUCAAAAUGUCGACUACAACAUUGUAUGGGUAUAUGUUAUGCUAGCAAUGAUAUUGUUUAUAUUGCCGAUACAUAUAAUCAUAAGGUUAAACAAAUUGAAAUUGAAUCGAAAAAAUGUCAAAAUUUGACAGUGAAUUGGACUGAACAUAAUGAUGAUGAUGAAAAAUUCAAUGAACCAAAUGGUUUAUGUUUUCUAUACGAUCAAAAUGUUUUAUUAGUUGCCGAUACUAAUAAUCAUCGUAUAGUUUCGAUUGAUUUGAAUAAUAAUUUUAAUGCAACGAUUUUUUCCAUUAUCGAUUCGAUCGACGAUCAAUCAACAACUGAUGAAGCAAAAUCAAAUCUUAAUAACAACUUGAGUUCAAAUGUCAAAACUAUUAUGGAAAAACCUUUAAAAAUAUCAUACAAUCAAAAAAUGAAAAUUUUAUUACGUUUUGACUUUAUCGAUACUUUAAAAGCGGAUACCAAUGCUAAACAUUUGAUUAAAUGUAAAUUAUUGAAAAAUUCAUCUGUUGGUCUUUCGAUAAUAUCCGACAAUAAUAUUCGAACAAACAAUCUAAAUAACAUUGAAUUUAUAUUACAAUGUACAACUAUGACGACCGGUGAUUAUCAUUCCGAAUUAUUAUCCAUUGAAUGUAAUUUAAAUCUAUGUCAUUUAAAAGAAAAUUUUUGUACAUUACAAAAAAUUUUGAUAAAACAGCCAAUAAUUAUAUCGAAAGAUGAUGUUGAUGAUAAUGAAAAAAUUAUUUUUAUUAAUUUAUAAAAAAAUUAUUAAAAAAAAAUUACAAGAAUUCAUUAGGUAA